UUUCUAGUUGGGUCCACACUUAAGCGGGCUAAAAAAUCAAUCGGGUCCCUAGUUUUCUUUUCAAAAAAGCAAUCCAGUCCUGUAGCCGGUCGUGGCUGUGGCCGCCCCUGCUCGUGGCAGCGGCCAAGCCGUGGCUGUAGCCAGCCAUGGCCGCCCUUGGCGGAGGCAGCUGUGAGCGGUGGCCGACUCUGAGCUGUGGCUGGUUACCGUGGGCCUUGCCGCACGCUGGCCGACCUCCCAUACGGCCUCAGGCGAGCUGCUGGGGGAAGAAAAAGGUGGCGACGGCGAGUGGCCACACCAGGGGUGGCGAGCAGCCGGAGGUAGCAGCAGGUGGCGGCGGCAAGGACGGGCACCAGCAUGCGCCCUUUCCCUGUCUGCAGCAGCCAGCGAAGGCCAGCUAACUCGUCGCCCGGCGCACAGCUGCCCGGGUCGCUCCCCACCGAGCUGGCCUGCGUUGAGCACCUGCGCCACCUCUACCUAUCCGGGAACGGCCUCAACGGCAACCUCCCCGCCGCGCUGCUGCUCAACGCCACCGAGCUGCACGUGCUCUUGAUCGCCAGCAACGACCUCUCCGGCGCGCUCCCGGACGCGUCCUACGCGCGGGUGCUCCAGGAACUCAACCUAUCCGACAACGCGCUCGCGGGCUGGCUCCCCACCACGCUCCUCAGGGCGCCCGGGCUCGCCGUGUUGGGCCUCGCCAACAACUACCUCGCCGGCGAGCUCCUGGGGCAUGAAGACGAGGUGUUUGUUGAAAUGACUAAGAGAGAUAUAGGAGGAGCAAGAAGAUAGACACUGUGUGGGCCAAUUAUGUCAUAAUUGAGUUUAAACGAGGCGAAUUGGGCAUUUUUCAUACAUGGUAGUUUUUAGUCAAAGAUUAGUGAAAAAUGAUAGUUUUCCGCAUAAAUUUGUAAAGUGGUAGUGCAAGUCACGGUUUCACCGAAUAAGUAAUUUUACCGAAGCCAGGUUGUACCA